AAGGAGAGACCCGUUAUCUGAUUUAGACGAAUAACCCACCGGCAACCUGAUAAUCGAACCCAAAUACUCCGACAUCUCUAUAUCUAUCUCUAUCUCUAUAUCUCUAACUCCCCAUCGCCGUGCCUGAAUUUCACCGUGUUACCAUAUAUAUCUCUCCACCUAUCACACACCGCCACCUGUACCCCUCUCUGUUAUUUAAAAAACAGAAAAAAACUUCUCUUAAUUACUGUUUCCUAGCUCACACAGGGUUAUUAUGGAUCAGAAGGAUGUCGAGAUGGAGGAUGCUGGAAAGAUUUUAGAAGAUGAAGUGGUGGAUGGUAAAGAAUGUUUGAAAAAAGACGAGCUUGCUGGUAAAGAUGCAGGGGACAGCCCGAAACAAAUUGGGCUAGGGCAAGAAGAGGAAGAAUAUGUAAGUACGAUUAGCACAGAGGAGAUAAAGACUGACGUAAGUGAGCAGAACUUGCCUCUGGAUACGCCACAGGAUAGUGAGAAAGAAGUUAUCUCAACGGGUGAUGAAAUCGUUCGUGACACAAAUGAGGCUACAGCGACGGCUGAUGAUGAUAUGAUUAAUGAUAGUAAGGAUGAUAUUACAGAGACGGCUGAUGAUGAUUGUAAGAACGAUGUUACGAAUUUGGGUGAUGAUGAUAAGCUUGAUAGUAAGAAUGAUGCAACAGAUAUGGCCGAUGAUGAUAAGCUUGAUAGGAAGAAUGAUAUUACAGAGACGGCUGAUGAUGAUUGUAAGAACGAUGUUACGAAUUUGGGCGAUGAUGAUAAGCUUGAUGAUGGUAAGAAUGGUGCUACAGUGACACCCGAUGAUGAUAAGAUACAUGAUCAUAAGAACAAUGCUACAGAAAAAGUUAGUGAUGUUAAAAUUGACGAUAGUAAGAACAGUGUUACAGAAGUGGGUGAUGAUGAUAAGAUUGAUAAAGGAAAGAACGAUGGUACAGAAAUGGGUGAUGAUGAUAAGAUUGAUGAUAGUAAAAACGAUGCUACGGAAAAGGGUGAUAAUGAUAAGGUUUACGAACGCAAGAGUGAUGCUAUAGUGAUGGCCGGUGAUGAUAAGAAUGAUGCAACAGAAUUGGGUGAUGAUGAUAAGAUUGACGAUAGUAAGAUUGAUGCUACGAUGGCGGCUGAUGAUGAUAAAGUUGAUGAUAGUACAAACAAUGCUACAGAAAUAGGUCAUGAUGCUAAGGUUGACGGUAGCAAGACUGAUGUUACAGAUAUGGAUGAGGAUCGCCAUAUGAUGGAAGAAACUGACUAUGAUAGUUCUAUGAAGCUUCCAGAGAGUAACAAUGUGGGAGACAAUGCGGGAGAUGAAAAACAUCAAGAGCUUCCUACACCGAAUGCCUUAGUGAAUUAUUCACCUAGUAAAGUCGAGUAUCAUAGUGCAAAAACGCCGAAGAGUGAGCUAGAGUACACAAAGAUAGAUGAGGGCUAUGAAUCAGGGACCGCUGAGGAACAAGAAACAUUCAUGAGAGAGGUGGAAGCCUUCUAUAGGGCAAAAGGGAUUGAAUUUAAGCCUCCAAAGUUUUAUGGACAACAUUUAAAUUGCUUGAAGUUAUGGAGGUCCGUUAUCAAAUUGGGUGGAUAUGACCGGGUAACUGGAUCCAAAUGGUGGCGUCAAGUAGGUGAAGCAUUCCAUCCACCCAAGACGUGCACAACUGUCUCGUGGACAUUUCGCAUAUUCUAUGAAAAGGCACUUCUUGAAUUCGAAAGGCAUAAGGUUCAAACUGGUGAGGUUGAACUACCCCUUGCGAUUGCCUACCCAGAGUCCCCUGCCGUUGAAAUUGAGACAAAUGGUCAUCUGACCCCGGGGUCAGGAUCGGGCAGGGCACGGAGGGAUGCUGCAUCUCGAGCCAUGCAGGGUUGGCACUCCCAACGUCUCUUGGGCCUUGGUGAGGAAAAGAAUUCACAGAAGCGCGACAAAAGUUUCAAAAGCCUUGGCUCGCUGAAACAAAAGAGACCAAGUGAAGUGGAGCAUUCUGUGAAAGCUGCUCGGACUGAAACAUCUAGGCAAGUUGUCACCACAGUUGCUGAUAUCGGUCCUCCAGCUAGUUGGGUAAAAGUAAAUGUGCGAGAAACUAAGGAUUGCUUUGAGGUGUAUGCGUUAGUUCCAGGGCUUCUGCGAGAAGAGGUACGUGUUCAAUCAGAUCCAGCUGGACGUCUGGUCAUCACAGGUCAACCUGAGCAACUUGACAACCCAUGGGGUAUUACAGCUUUCAAGAAGGUGAUCAGCUUACCAGGAAGAAUUGACCCACUUCGCACCUCAGCAAUUGUCAGCCUACAUGGACGGCUCUUGGUUCGUGUGCCUUUUGAGCAGCCAAAUAUCUAGAAUUCUUUUACCCCUAUAAGUUAUAAGCAUCAGGAUUAGGACAUUUAAAGUAGGCAGAGGCAGAUAUUUAGCUUUAAUUUGAUUGUUUAAAAAAACGGUUUGCAAGGUGUCUUGCCAUGCAGCUUUACCAUCAGUAGUGUAGAUUCUGAACAUGCCAAUGGGUGAAGCUUUUGAAGCUUCCAGUUGCAGAGAAACUGAGAAAGUGAAGGCCGCUUAUGGCUUUCAUUUGUAGGCUAGAGAAACUUUUGCUGGACUUUUGUAUUUGUGCUUAAACAUUAGUUAUUGUUACUUCUGAUGUGAACACAUGAAAUGAGACAAGACCUGCACUGGUUUGCAGCUAUAAAUAAUUGAUAAUAUAUGAUUUCUAUAGUUAUGUA